AUGGCCGGCGACAAGCCCCCUACCAUCCAAUCCCUCGACAAACCAGAAGAUCUCAAAGGUCUCCUCCGUCAAGACCGUGGCGAUGACUGCCUAAGCUGCAAAAUCGUCGGAAGCGGCGCCUUUUUCGGUCUAGGAGCAUACAGCUACUUCUCCGGCAUGUCGCAGCUAGAAAAGCAGCGCCAGGCCAUCCUGCAGAGCAAGUCCAUGUUCGGCAUGAGGAGUCGCAAGUUUGGCAUCGUUGGUAUUUCGCUGGGCCUGGUGUGGAUGGGCCUCUGGAGAGCGUUCCGGUGA